ACAAGGAACGGAUCCGUCGCUGGAUUUUCGGACGAAAUAGAAAGGCUGAAAAGAACGGCGAGCGACCGCAUCGAUCGAGCGAGAGGGGAUUCGACUCUCCCUUUACCAGAAGCGGCGAAAACCUCGCUGCAGUUACCGGAUGGGAAGAGGGAUCUAUAAAAGCUGAGCGAGAGAGAGAGAGAUAGAGGGAGGGAGGAACGCCAAGCUGAGGCAUUACUCGACAAAACCCUAAUCGCCUUCCAGCUCAAUACUUGUUCGACCAGGAGCUGACGCCCGCUGCAGUAAUCGUUUCUCGGACCCUCCGCCCCCUUCCUCUUGUCAGCAGGCGUCCCAGGCUGUGCUCUGAAAUAUACCUGUUCGCUCCGCCAAAAGAUCGCAAUUCGCUCGGCUUCUCUUGGCCUCUGCUCGAUCGGUUGAACCUGGUCUAUUUGAUCAAACUAAGAUACAACAGAUGUCAGUUCAUGGUUGUAUCGAUCAAGUUAUGAACGACAGUGAAGAAGAUGAUGAGGCACCUCUUGUCUUUAGGAGGCCAAACUCUUCGUCAAAGCAAGGCCACUCAACCUCUGCUUUGAAGAAGACAAAUCCUCAAAAGGAUUCUAGCUGUAAUCUUGUUUCUCACCAAAUUGCUCAAAAUGGUAGUAUCUCACAUUCGCAAAAUAUUAUAUCACUCCCUGAGACAUCUAGAGAGAAGCCUACUGCAACAAGCUCAAAUGUAGGAUCUUUGCUACCUGUCCAGUCAAUUAAUUCUUCUCACCAUAAAUUAACAACAAAUAAUAUGAGGCCAAAACAUGAGGAUGAACUAUCUGUUUCAGAUGAUGACAAACCAUUGAGUCAUAGACUUAAUUCAGCUUCUACAAUAGUUCAGAGAAAGAGUUUCAUGGACUCAGAAAAAGCACAUACACAUUCUUCAGUUCAUAAAUUUGAAGGUAGAAGCACUGAAAAGAUGGAUUUGGACGAUCCAAUUAUAAAGCAUGAGAACUUUGAUGAUGAUAAACCAUUGAGUUUCAAAUAUUCUACUUCAGGAGCAGUCAAUAGAAGUGCCUCAUCACAUGCAGCAAAGGCUCCCCAAAGUCAAAAGCCUUCUUUACCUCACUCCAUGAAGCCGACUUCCAAUAAUGAAGAAACUGAUGAUUCAGAAGAUGAAAAACCACUUCUUUCAAGGUUUCAGUCCAAGGAUGUAAAUGGUUCUGGCAAGAAGGACACAAUUAUAAAGCAUGAGAACUUUGACGAUGAUAAACCAUUGAGUUUCAAAAAUUCUACUUCAGGAGCAGUCAAUAGAAGUGCCUCAUCACAUGCAGCAAAGGCUCCCCAAAGUCAAAAGCCUUCUUUACCUCACUCCAUGAAGCCGACUUCCAAUAAUGAAGAAACUGAUGAUUCAGAAGAUGAAAAACCACUUCUUUCAAGGUUUCAGUACAAGGCUGUAAAUGGUUCUGGCAAGAAGGACACAAUUAUAAAGCAUGAGAACUUUGAUGACGAUAAACCAUUGAGUUUCAAACAUUCUACUUCAGGAGCAGUCAAUAGAAGUGCCUCAUCACAUGCAGCAAAGGCUCCCCAAAGUCAAAAGCCUUCUUUACCUCACUCCAUGAAGCCGACUUCCAAUAAUGAAGAAACUGAUGAUUCAGAAGAUGAAAAACCACUUCUUUCAAGGUUUCAGUCCAAGGCUGUAAAUGGUUCUGGCAAGAAGGGCACAAAUAGUGAGACAAGUGCUCCCAGAGUUGGAGAAAAACGACCUCAUAGCGACACCAAUCCUACUGAAUCUUCAUCAAUUAAGAAAGCAAAACUUUCAGGAACCUCUGUGUCUGUGAAAGAUAAACAGCAAGUGUCUAUAAAGAAAGAAAGUAAGGAAGAUGAUAACAAUGAUCACAUACCAAUUGCACAACGAAUUAAGUCACCGUCUUCUAACUGCGGAUCGAUCAGCAAAAAUAUAUUACACAAAACUACUAGCUCAUCAUUUAAGAAAAGUAAUCUUAAAAUGAAUAAAAAGAAGGAUUCCAAUUCCUCAAAGUCAUUGAAGACACCUCCUGGAUCUGGUGGGGGACAGAAAUGGACUACCCUGGUGCACAACGGUGUUAUAUUUCCUCCUCCAUACAAGCCUCAUGGGAUCAAAAUGCUUUACAAGGGACAACCAGUCAAUUUGACUCCUGAACAAGAAGAGGUUGCAACAAUGUUUGCUGUCAUGAAAGACACAGAUUAUGCUCAGAAAAAACAAUUUAUUGAAAAUUUUAUGCAUGAUUGGCGAUUAAUACUUGGCAAAAAUCACAUCAUUAAGAAGUUUGAGGACUGUGACUUUACUCCUAUAUAUGAAUGGCAUCUGGAGGAGAAGGAGAAGAAGAAGCAGAUGACUGCAGAGGAAAAGAAGAUUAUGAAGGAAGAAAAAUUGAAGCAAGAAGAGAAGUAUAUGUGGGCAAUUGUCGAUGGUGUGAAAGAGAAGGUUGGGAACUUCAGAGUGGAACCACCAGGGUUAUUUCGUGGCCGAGGAGAGCAUCCGAAGAUGGGAAAACUAAAAAACAGAAUUAAGCCAAGAGAUAUUACAAUCAAUAUAGGGAAAGAUGCACCAAUUCCGGAAUGCCCAAUACCUGGUGAAAGAUGGAAAGAAGUAAAACAUGAUAAUACUGUCACAUGGUUGGCAUUCUGGAAUGAUCCCAUAAAUCCAAAAGAGUUCAAGUAUGUCUUUCUGGCAGCGAGUAGUUCAUUAAAAGGGCAAAGUGACAAAGAGAAAUAUGAGAAAGCCAGGUUGUUGAAGGAUUAUAUACAAAAUAUUCGGAGAAACUAUACAAGAGAUUUUAAUAGUAAAGAUCCAACAAAGCGGCAAAUAGCAGUGGCAACCUACCUUAUUGAUAAGCUGGCUCUCAGGGCAGGCAAUGAAAAGGAUGAUGAUGAGGCUGAUACUGUUGGCUGCUGCACUUUAAAGGUGGAGAAUGUCGAGUUGGUUCCUCCAAAUAAGUUGAAGUUUGACUUCUUAGGUAAAGAUUCUAUUAGAUACUUGAACACUGUGGAGGUCGAACCACAUGUCUAUAAAGCAAUUGGUGAUUUUCAAAUUGCCAAAAAGAGCAACGGAGGUAAGAAAGAUAAGGGUGAUGAUCUCUUUGACUUGCUGGAUACAAGCAAACUAAAUGCACACCUGAAGGAACUCAUGCCUGGACUUACUGCAAAAGUUUUUCGUACAUACAAUGCUUCUAUUACCCUGGAUGUUAUAUUGAAUAAGGAAACCAAGGAUGGUUCUGUGCCAGAGAAGAUUACAGUUUAUCAGCAUGCAAACAAGGAGGUUGCAAUUAUCUGUAAUCAUCAACGCAGUGUCUCCAAGUCUCACGAAAAUCAGAUGUCUAAGUUGAACGAAAAGAUAAAUGAUUUAACAUCCCAAAGAGAUGAAUUGAUGAUGGAUCUGAGUAGGGCUAAGAAAGGGAAGCCUCCACUUAAAGAUAAAGAGGGGAAACCAAAGAAGAACUUGGCCCCUGAAGUGAUUGAGAAGAAGAUUGCUCAGGUUGAUGCCAAGAUAGGAAAAAUGGAAAUGGAUAAACAAAUAAAAGAGGAUCUGAAAACAGUUGCACUUGGAACAUCCAAAAUCAAUUACCUUGACCCAAGAAUAUCAGUUGCGUGGUGCAAGAGGCAUGAAGUACCCAUAGAGAAGAUAUUUAACAAAUCACUACUCGCAAAGUUUGCAUGGGCAAUGGAUGUUGAUCCUGACUUCAGAUUCUAGGAUAUAUUUUCCCUGAUUGAUUCUUAUGCAGCAAAGAGAAGUUUCGAGCCAUUGAACUUUCAGUUUCAAGUAAAUUUCAACAAUGCUAGAAGUCAUUCUCCUCCCACACAUGCGAUGGCAGUUGCCACGCGACACUCAAAUAUACAUGUACUUUGAUUCAAAACCAUUAGCAAAUUCAAGUUAAUUUCCAUGAUUAAAUUAAAUGUCCAAAAUGAGAUUUCCUCCAUUAAUUCCCUGCGAAUGAACUUGUUGUAUGAGCUAGUUAUUCUAGGCAUGAAAAUGUAGCUAAUUUUAGCGAGGAUAUUUGAUGUUGGAAUGUAAACUUGAAUGAAUGGAAACUUUCAUCA